CCUCCGGUUGCCGUGGAAACCGCAAAGAGCGUCUCAAGAUGGCGGCCGUGUUGCCGACGAUUUUAUACAAAUGUGAUGGGCAGGCUCCAGCCCCCAGUAAGGACUUCUAUCAUCUUAUUGUCACACGUACAGAGAUCAUUAUGAGAUACUGGAAAAUAUCUCUCAGAAAUGAAUUCCGAGGAGCCAGACCAGGGGAGGUCAAAGAGUCUCACCAGGACUUUGUGGAUGACCCAACGCUGCAAGCACAGAUUGCUAUCAUCUUUGGCCAGAAAACCCUGCAUUACGUGCUAAACCUGUGCAAAGGUUCCUAUGAUUACCUUGAGCGACUGUCUGAGCCAUUGCUUCUUUAUAUAAUGACUUUCCUGGAACUAGAGGACAUUACCCUUCUCUCUCAAGUAUCUCACACCUUUCAGAAGCUGUGCAACUCAGACAGACUGUGGGAGCACAUUGUGGAGAGCUCCUGCGACAAAGUCACCCCCGAGAUGAGGGCUCUAGCGCAAGACAUCGGCUGGAAGCAGCUCUUCUACACCAACAAACUGCAGCUGCAGUUACAGCUCCGGAGGCGAAGGACGAGAGAUGGAGACAGAAUUACUCUGAGUUGCCAUUACCCACCAUCUUCCCUGCCAGAGAAGCCUGCAGAGCAUUAUGGGAAACUGGAGUGUGGCCUCGCAGCCGGUGCCAAUGAGAGUAUUUAGCACAGUUACAGUCAUCCAUAUGCCAUUUGCCUGUGUGUGUGUGUGUGUGCACAUCCAUAUCAGUCUAAUAGUUUCAUUUAUCUAUCAAUCAAUUUGCAACAAUGUGUCUCUCCACUGAUAAAAUUGCAACAAUGUGUCU